UGCAACGCGCCAUAUGCCGUUGAGACAUGGCGACGAGUAGCAAUAAUUGUAUAGUUCUCUCCUGAUUUUCUGUUCAUUUCUUUGAUAAAAAGUGAUUUAUUUGUUCAAUUAAUGGGUAAUUGUGAUUAAUUAAAGUAAAUGAAAGUUGAUAUUACAAGUUUCGUUUCUGUUUCGGUGUUAUUUUCAUCAUAAUUUUGUGAAAAAAAUGGCAAUGCUCGCUGAACCUCGACGAAAGCAAAAAUGGACGCUGAAUCCACGAGGAAAACAAUGGAGCGAGGAUUCCAAUAAAUUUGGACAGAAAAUGCUAGAAAAAAUGGGCUGGUCAAGUGGAAAAGGACUUGGAGCUCAGGAACAAGGCAUGACUGAACAUGUACGAGUGAAAUACAAAGACGAUCAAGCUGGCAUCGGUUUUAAUAAAAAUGAUGAAGAUAAACAAUGGACUCAACAUCAGGAGAGUUUCAAUGAUUUAUUAAUGAGUCUUCAAAAAAAUCAAAAUAUGGAACAAACGGAAGUAAUGGAGACUAAAGAAAUCACAUUAAGUGGAACGUCUUUGGAGGAAAAAUCGAAGCAAAGCAAAGCUCGAGUGCACUAUCAAAAAUUCACUCGAGGAAAAGACGUAAAUAAAUAUAGUUCCAAAGAUUUGGCAAAUAUAUUUGGAAAACGAACACUUGACGAGGAGGUAAAAUAUGAGGAAACAGAAGUGGAAGAAGAAUUUCACGCUGAGCCGAUUGGUACUCAAGAUAAUACUGCCGGUGUUCUCACAAUAAAAGGUGGAAAUAUUUCCGAAUAUUUCAAUAAUAAAAUGUCGUUAAUAAAAAAAGAGAACUUUAAUAAUGUGGAGAGAAAAGGAGAUGAUGAUGAUGAUGGUGAUGUGGACAGUGAAAGUGAACGGUAUGUUGGUUUUGGUUUUAAUAAUAUAAAAACUGAUCAAUGUGGCAAUCAUUCUCAAAGCGAAAAAAUUUCAACGAAUUACGCUUUUGAGAAUCCUUGUCUAGAUUUAAAUUUAUCACCACAAGUUAUCAAGCCCUCGAGGAAGCGAAAAAAUUGUGGAUUCGAUAACGAGGGCUUGGACUUGAAUUAUACGGAUGAUAAAUGUGAUACGCCGAAAAAAAAUAAAUUAGAAAAUUUUGAAAUUUCCGUGACAACCGAUUGUUUUGUGAAUCCGGCAUUAAAUUUAGAUACUCCCGAGAGUAAUACAUGUAAUGGGGCUGAAUUUGAAGUAACAAGAAAUGAAAAUAAUGAAUUGUCUUUUGAUGAUUCUCGUAGGAAGAAGAAAAAAAAGAAUAAAAAACAACGAAAGAGCGCGGAAAUAAUUGAAACGGGUUUUGAUAAUUGUGCAUUAAAUUUAAAUUUACCUGAUAUUGAUGAACAUAAAGGGGCGGAAUAUGAAGUAACGCGUUUUCAAAUGGGUGGUGGUCUUGAUAAUAAUGCAUUAGAUUUAUCCGAUGAGAAUUGUGGCAAAAAACGUGUAACUUUUAAUGAUUGCGUUGAAUAUAACACCGAUGUAAUUAAAAAGAAAAAGGGAAAAACGAAACUUGAUAAAUUUGAAAUACAAACUAAUAAAAUAAAACGUAAGAAAAAAAAAUCAUCAUCCAAUGAUUUAGAAGAAGGUGGAAUGGUAUUUAUUAAUGAAGCACUCAAUGUUGAGACAAUAAGUGAAGAAAUUCAUGAUAAUGAAUUAAAUGAAUUGAAUGAGAGAAAAUCACGUAAACAAAAAAGAAAGAAAAAUCGACGAAUGUCAAAUUUAGAAACUAUUGAAGAAGCGCCAGAGGAAAAUGAAGAAGAUGCAAUUUGUGAAAAUAGAAAAACAAUAAAAGAGAAAGAUGUUAUUUGUGAUCUUGAAAUUAUAACUUUAAAUGAUACAAUAGAAAGUAUCGAGGUUAUUGACGAUGAAAUACCAAAGAAAAGUAAAAAAAAGAAAAAAAAACAAGAGAUAAUUGAAAAUGUCAUUGAUGAAAAUGAAGCAAGUGGGACCAAGAUGAAAAAAAAUAAGAAAAAAGAUAAAGAGAACGAUAAAGAAAAUGAAAAAGAAGAAAAUGUUGAUAAUACCGAGGAGAAGAAGAAAAAGAAGCGAAAGCGAAAAUCAAGUGAAACUUGUGAAUUUUUUUUGGAUUUAGUUGAGGAAAAUGUCGAAAUAAAGGAGAAUGUGGAGGAAGUAGUACAAGAGAAGAAGUCUAAGAAAAAAAGAUCGAGAGAUCAAAUAAUAAUUGAAGAAGAAAAAAUUCCUGAAGAUUUUACACCGUCAAAAAAACAACGAUUAACGGAUGAAGUGAUAGAGAGUCCACAAACAAUUUCAAAAAAAUCAAAAAGUGUUUUUAAAUCCAUGUUUUUGAAAACUAAUAUCAAUUUCAAAGGAUCAAAUAUUAAUGACAUUAAAGGAUACGGAGUUGAUUGAUUGUCAAUUAAAUUCCAUUUUUAAUUUGUUAUAAAAAUUUUUCUUUUUUUAAAUUAAUUACGAAACUAGGGGGUGAACUUUAUUAUUUGACAAGUGAAUUUCGUAAUUAAUUUUUGUUGCAUAAAUUUGAACAAUAAUAAUUUUUAUGUACUAUUGUACAUAUGUGUGUAAAUAGGUUUUGAUGUGUGUUACGCAGAUUAUUUAAUAUAUAUAUACAUUAUUAUAUUGUAAAA